AAUGAAAAACACCAGAUACAAAAUGUCACCUGCUGUAUGAGUCCAUGUGAAAUAUAUAUCCACACUAGAUAAAUCCAUAGAGGUGGAGAACAGGCUGGGGUCUGCAUGUUUUCUUGGCCAUGCUUGAGAAUGGCCCCUCUGUACCAGCCUUGGGAUCUAUGGAAAGGAAGGAUGUCACCAAGUUCUGUGUGUACAGGAAGCACCACAAGGGCAUUGCUCUUGUGCCCUGGAUUUCUCCAAGCUGCAUAGAUACAUCAAGGACAUUGUGAAGGACUACCAAUUUAAGAAACAGAAGAUGCUAUUCGUCGCAACCAAGGGUUAAUUCAUGUCCUACAUCAAAAAGGCCCAGCUCAACACUGCCAAUGUCCCUGCCAGGGGCCCCAAACCUGAGGGGACCAUCAUGUGCUACCUGGAAAAGCCUGAGGAUCACAGCUAGGUGGCCUGAUCCUCUGGAAACAGUACCAGUUAUUUCCCACAACCUGGAGACCAAGAUACCAGGCAUGAAGUUUCCCUUUGGCUCUAUGAGGGUCAUCUCCCAAGCCAUAGGUGGCCAAAAUGACAAACCCAUCCUGCAGGCUAAUGAGCUUACCACAAGUAAUUAGGCAAAGAAGAACUGCUGGCUACCCAUGCAGGAUGUGUUCAUGACCCUAUGGACCAUCCCUUCACCAGUACAUGGGAAAACCCUCUUCUGUCCACAGAGAAGUCCCUGCUGGCCACAAAGUUGCCAGACCAGUGUCUCCAUGGAACCAAGACUAUGAAGAAGGAGAACAAGGAAUAGCGGGUGACUGCUUAGUGGGUACAGGGUUUUUAAUUUGGGGUGAUGGAAAUGUUGAGGACCUAGACUGAAAUGGAAAUUGCACAAUGUGAAUGUACCAAAUGCCACUGAAUUGUACACUUUAAAAUGACUAAUUUUAUGAGAAUUUCCCCUUUAUCUCUUUAAUCCCUUCCAGCCAACAUACCCUUGACCCUACAUCCUACAAAACAAGGGCCCAGGUUCAGGUGGCUCUACCACAUGCACAAUGAGAUAGGCAACUCUCUUGGUCCUAAAAGAGGAUGGAGAAGCCCAUUUCCCGCCCCAUAGAAGUACAUCCUGGGUCUCUGGAAAUGGCUAAGGUGAGAGUGCUCUGAGAGGAAGGCAGCUCUGCUGACACAGGAUCUCACCAACACAAGCUCCUUACUCUAUAGCUUUCAGGGAAGGAGAAGGGAAGUCUGGUCCCUCCCUCAUACCCCUUUGCCCACCUUUCCCCAGUCACACAGUGUGCCCUUCCCUUUCCUUCCCGUGGUGAAGUGUGGAGUCUUGGAGCCCUUCUCCUCCCUCCCCAUCCAGGAGUCUCCACUCCACAUUCAGACUUUUCUCUCUCCCCAGAUUCUCACUUCAGAUCACAGAAUGAAGACAGGGAACUGGAAACCCUUGUGGGUGGAGUUGGGGUGGGUACAGGGAGACUGGGGGGUGAACUUGUAGGGACACCAGAGCCAUUUAAAGCCUGACUGAUUAUCAGAUUUGUUUUAGCCCCCACCCCCACCCCACAGUUCUGCUCUAGUAGAAAUCAAGACAGACGGGGAAAAGUGGGACUCUAAGCCAGCUCAGAGAGGAAAAUAAUCUUUUUUUGUGUGCCCUUCCCUGAGCCCUUUAUUUUGGUGGCUCAUUUAAUUCUCACAUCAUCCCUCUUAGUAGGUACUGUUGUCCCCAUUUUGCAGAGAAGAACUGAAGCUUAUAGAAGUCAAUUCAUAGAGCUAAUGAGUGAAGCAGCUGGAUUUUAAUGCUUGCAUCCUGACCUCCCUAUUUGCUUUUUGCUGGGACGUCCCCUCUUACUGGAUUGGGGGAAUGCAGGAAAAACCUCAGCCCUCUUCCACAGAGCUUUAGCCAGUGACAGCUAUUUCCCGGAUGAAGGGCAGCCCUGAAGCCAGUAGCAAAGGGCGGCCCUGAAGCCAGCAGCCCCACAGCCAGGGUCCCUUCAGUCUCCUUGCAACUUCCUAACAGCCCAGACCUGUAGGACCUCCAGGACUAGAGGUGCAUCCACGGGAAAUCCAGGUGCUUGCAGGUCCUCAUGUCAGUCAGACCCAGCUCGGGGCCAGGCCCCUCUGAAGGGCCCACCGCAGCGCCUGACAGUGAAGAGUUCCACAAUUGGGAGGAAUUGCUCUACUUCUUCAACCACACUUUGUCCGAGUGCCACCUGGAGCUCAGUGAGGACACCAAGCGAGUGGUCCUCUUUGUCCUCUACCUGGCCAUCUUUGUGGUUGGGCUGGUGGAGAACCUCCUGGUGGUAUGUGUCAACUGGCGUCGCUCAGGCCGGGCUGGGCUGCUGAACCUCUAUAUCCUCAACAUGGCCAUCGCGGACUUGGGCAUCAUCCUGUCCCUGCCUGUUUGGAUGCUGGAGGUCAUGCUGGACUACACCUGGCUCUGGGGAGACUUCUCCUGCCGCUUCACUCAUUACUUUUACCUUGCUAACAUGUACAGCAGCAUCUUCUUCCUGGUGUGCCUCAGUGUUGACCGCUACAUCACCUUCACCAAUGCCUCUUCCUCCUGGCAGCAUCGCCAGCACCGAGUGCGGCGGGCUAUAUGUGCAGGAGUCUGGGUCCUCUCAGCCAUCAUCCCACUGCCCGAGGUGGUCCACAUUCAAUUGGUGGAGGGGUCAGAGCCCAUGUGCCUCUUUGUGGCACCUUUUGAAACAUAUAGCACAUGGGCCCUGGUGGUGGCCCUGUCCACCACUGUCCUGGGCUUCCUGCUGCCCUUCCCUCUCAUUGCAGUCUUCAACGUGCUGACAGCCUGCCGACUUCGGAGCCAGGGACAGCCCCAGGGCCGGCGGCACUGCCUCCUGGUGUGUGCCUACAUAGCUGUUUUUGUCAUCUGCUGGCUGCCCUACCAUGCGACUCUGCUGCUGCUCACUCUGCAUGGGAGCCACAUAUCUGUCCAUUGCUACCUGGCCCACCUGCUCUAUUUCUUCUAUGACAUCAUUGACUGCUUCUCCAUGUUGCACUGUGUUGCCAACCCCAUCCUCUACAACUUUUUCAGUCCAAGCUUCCGGGACCGGCUGCUGAGUGCUGUUGUCCACUACCUUCCAAAGGACCAGGCCAGGGCAGGUGCACGGGCUUCCUCUUCAUCCACUUCCACCCAGCACUCCAUCAUCAUCACCAAGGAGGGCAGCCUGCCCACUACAGCUGCCUCCCCCAGUCCCACCUAAGCCUGAACUUCCAGCCGCCCUCUGCUUCCAAAUGCCUCAUCUCUGUUUGGCAAUCCCAUAGGCAGCUGAGGUAGAUUCCAGGCUCUUCCAUGAGUCGAGUAAAAGGCUGAAGGGGGAGGUGAGACAUUUUGGGGGAGGGGGGAGGGAGAGCAUCAGAAUACUCAUGGUAUAUCUGAAAUAUGGGAGAGGGAGAAGGGAUGGGGAGGAAUAGAGAACAGGUCCUUCCUUGGUGUUGUAUUAUUUGUUUUGGCCCUUGUGUCUAAGGGAGCAAUGCAGAAAA